CUUUACAGCCGGACUAUUUGGGUUUGAUGCAGAAGAAGGACACGAUGUAAAUUCAAUGACGAAAAAUGUGACGAUAUAUAAAAAUGAAGAAUAUUGGUAUAUUGACACUCCUGGGUUUGACGAUUCCGAUGUGACA